UGUGUGAUUGUCCAGAAGCAACAAGGAAGAGCAUGGAAGUGACAGCACUUCAAAAACUAACUUUGAAAAAAUUCUUUCAUCAGAUAAUUUUGGCAUUUAGUAGCGGAAGAAGAUGUGAAUGCAUGACUUAAAGGAACAGGUGGGGCCUCUAGUUAGUUUGAUUUACCCAAGUGAUAGUCACCCCACGCCAUAGCCCUAACGAGUUGUUUAUUUAAGGCAUUGGCGGAUUUUCCCCUCAGUGGGCAUGUGCCAAACCACAACUAAAAGCUUUGCAUUUAACCACGGAAAGGAAAUACUGAAAGCAAUUCAUGAGUCUACACUAAAAUCACCAGAGCUAUAAUUAAAUCAACUCUUAAAGUAGUGUAACUCUUUUUAUGGCUGAAAUAGCAGUCUUUAUUUUAAGCAUCGUUGGAGAAAGAGGAGAAGAGAGGCAAACAUUUCCAUGUGAAGGCUUGGAAACUCCUUUCAGUAUACUAAACAUUCACCAAGGCUUCCUGUGAGCAUUGGAGUUUGUCCUUUUGCUGCUAGCUGGAUUUUCAUCCCAUUUGACCUCCAGCAGCCGGCUGAAAGCCCGUCUCCAGCCCGACAGCAGCUGUCUUCGGGUGAAGGACAUCGGUGGUGCAGACGGGACAGCGGGGGCUGGAACGUGCGCGGGCGCAGGACACUGCCUGGGGCCCGGAGAGCCCUGAGGACGGGCGGAACACAGCCGGCAGCCCCGGGCAGCCGCCCCAAGCCCUCGCACACGCCCAGCAGAUGCGGAGCACCUGCGGCUGCCGCGCCCGACGGGCGGGCAGCGCUUGGCCGCGGGCGGGUCAGGGCCGCCGGCUCCCCGGGGCGGCGCGCAGGCUGCGCGGUGCCCCCGGCGGCUCGCCCGCUCCCCGCCUCGAAAAAGCGGCGCGUCCCGUCCUUCCUUCCCCGCCGCGGCCGCCCCCUCUCCGGUCCCGCGGAGCGGCGCGCAGCCCUCGCAUCAUGGCGGGGCGUGCGGACCCGCUGUGGCUGUCCCCGUGGCUGUGGCUGUGCACGGCGGGGCUCUGCGCGGCGGCGGAGCUGCGACUGACCCUGUUGCACACCAACGACGUGCACGGGCGGGUGGAGGCGCAGGGCGCGGGGCCGCGGCGCUGUGCGGGGGAUGCCCCGGGAUGCUUCGGCGGCGUGGCGCGGAGAGCGGCGAGGGUGGCGGCGGAGCGGGCCGCGCACCCCAACGUGCUGCUGCUGGACGCCGGGGACCAGUACCAGGGCACGGUGUGGUUCUCCCGCUUCAAGGGCCGGGAGGCGGUCCACUUCAUGAACCUCCUGCGCUACGAUGCCAUGGCUUUGGGUAACCAUGAGUUCGAUGAAGGUGUGAGUGGAUUAUUGGAUCCUCUUCUUAAAAAUGCUAAUUUUACAGUCCUGAGUGGAAACAUUAAAGGGAAAACUCCAUUAGGGAAUGAAAUGAUGAAAUAUGUUAAUCCUUUUAAAAUAGUUCAUUUUGACUCAGAAUCAGUAGGAAUUGUUGGCUACACUACACAGGAAACUUCUUUUCUUUCACAGCCAGGGGAUGAUAUAAUCUUUGAAGAUGAAAUUGAAGCAUUGCAAGUGCAAGUGAAUAAACUUACUGCUAUGGGAGUGAACAAAAUAAUUGCACUAGGACAUUCUGGUUUUACCGUGGACAAAAAUAUUGCCCAAAAAGUGAAAGGAGUGGAUGUUGUGAUUGGAGGACAUACAAACACGUUUCUUUACACAGGCACCCCACCCUCUACUGAAGUGCCAGCUGGCCCAUAUCCAUUCAUGGUUGACUCAGAUGAUGGGAGGAAGGUGCCAGUUGUACAAGCUUACGCUUAUGGGAAAUAUCUUGGUUACUUAAAUGUUACAUUUGACAAGAAAGGAAAUGUAGUUGAAGCAGUUGGGAACCCCAUUUUGCUGGACAGCAGUAUCCCUGAAGAUGAGCACAUUAAAGAAGAAGUGGAAAAAUGGAGAGAAAACCUGGGGAAUUACUCUAAAGAGAUUGGAAAAACUAAUGUUUACCUGAAUGGUACAAGCCAAGCAUGCCGUUUCCAGGAAUGUAACAUGGGAAAUUUGCUUUGUGAUGCUGUGCUUUAUGAAAAUGUUGGGCGUCCAGAUAAAAAAUCAUGGAACCACGUUUCAAUGUGCAUCCUGAAUGGAGGUGGGAUACGGUCACCCAUUGAUGAACAGAGCACUAAUGGUAGCAUUACUAUGGAAGAUUUGCUGUCUGUUUUGCCAUUUGGAGGUCGUUUUGAUAUGGUAAGGGUAAAAGGCUCCACUCUGAAAGAAGCUUUUGAGCACAGUGUGCAUAGAUAUGGAAGAGGAAGUGGAGAGCUGCUGCAGGUUGGAGGCAUCCAUGUGGUCUAUGAUCUUUCCAGAGCCCCAGGAAGCAGAGUUGUUAGCUUAGAAGUGCUUUGCACAGCCUGCCGAGUCCCAUCCUACAUCCCACUCCACAUGGAUGAAAUAUACAAUGUGACUCUUCCAUCCUAUAUGUUAUUUGGAGGAGAUGGCUAUCAUAUGCUGAAAGACAAAAAUAUGGGAUACAGCAAAGGUGAACCUGAUAUUGAGGUUGUUUCCCGCUACCUACAGAGAAUGGAGAGAGUUUACCCAGCAGUUGAAGGUCGAAUAAAGUUUUCUUCUGGAAGUCUUCACAAAGCAAGUCUUACCCUGAUCUCUGCAUUGUUCACUGCAACAUUCUUGCACACUUGAUUAUUGCUCUCUAUGUUUUUGUUUGGAGGAAGAAAGGAGGAGAAAUUAUGCUGAUGAAUCAAAAAGAGAACUGUUCUCUUUCCUCUUUUCUUACACCUUACAAUGAAUGAGCAGUGAGGUUGCUGCAUGUUAGCAGUAAGCAGCCCAAUCCAUUGUCUUUUAUCUGGCAGUGCAUCAAAGCACUCUGUGCAGAGCGAGGGGGCAGAAUUCAUGACUUUUCCUGGUUUGAAUCAGCAGGUACCUGCAAUUUGGUUUGAGGUAUUAAGAAGCAAAGUGCCAGUGAAUACCUACUGCUCAAUCAUAAAGCAAUGACAAAUUGUAAUGGGGUAUUUUUAAAUUGUCAAAUUCUUUCAGAUGCCUUAGAUAGUGAGUUAAGAACCUGAUUCCAGUAAUGGAAACAAACUUCUAGAAAUGGAUUUAUUAUAGGUGUAUAUUCCUUUCGUUGAUCUCCACUCAGGGUGGAGUGGAGAUCUUUGCUUCCAGUCAUAUUUAUCAUACCUACACCAAUAUCUGAAAGAGCUGGAUUAAAGUCAGUGCCAUUAAAAUCAUGAGGCCCAUUUAACAUGCAAUUUUAAAAAGUUUGUUUUACUUUUGAAGAUGCAGCAUCUCACUUAUGUUUUCCAUUAAUAAAGGAUGCAAUGAAAGCUUGAUUUUGAGAAAUUUUAACAAA